AAAGCCAUUGAGAUAACGAAAGCAACUGAUCAAUCCAUCUCAAAAGUUCUAGACUGGUUUAGCAGAAGUUCUAAUUCUGAUGCUAAAAUACCACCCUUUCUACAUCCUGAAGGGAUGCAGUCUGAAGGAAAAUCAGGCUCAAAAUGGCAGAAUAAUAACCCAAUGGAUGAAGAAAAUGCCAUCCCCCAGCAAGAUGGCUUAAAAUCUCCAAUUUUCAUACAAGGCGAAGUAAAGACUGUAGACGGUAGUUAUCCAUUUUGGGUGAAGGGAAAUCCAUUAUCUUUUGAAAAUGGUAAGAACAGUGGAACAGAAAUCAAGAAAUCAGACGGUGUUGUUUUACCUAGACAAGUUGGCACAGGGAAAGGGCAGCCAUCACAAGCAUUCAAAAGUGAAAAUCAAGGAAGUAAAACUACUGUUCUUGGAUUUUUUCCAAGUGAGGGGACAGAAACACAUUCCCUAAACACUGAAUCUCCCUUUAACGUUUUCAAAGGAUUAGAUGCAGACAGCCGAGUCUCAUCCAAAGGAGAGGAUUCCACAUACAAAGAAAAAGGCCAGUUUUUUACUAAUGGAAAAAACAGAGGAAACUCAAAGAUGGGGAUGGACUCUUCUGAGAAUAUUGGUGAACCCAAGAUAAAGUAUAACAUGGAAGCCAAAAGUAGAAGAGUGAAUGAAACUGAUUAUCGUUCAUUUCCAUCAGAAGGAGAGAAUAUCAGGUCACCAAUUCUUAUUGCAGAUGAAGAAUUUAGACAGAAAGAAUCUAAUUUUCCCAAUCAUGGUGGGCUAUCUGCUCCUUGCAAGAAGCCAGAGGAUUUGCAGCAGCAAGAAGAAAGUCAUCUACCUGGGAGCCAAGUGCAAAAGGAGAUAUAUAAAAGAGUGAGUGAUCGGAUAUCCUUCUGGGAAGGAGGAGGAAAGACAACUAAACCGAUUGAUAGAGUACCCAAUUCAACAGAAAACCAGGUACAAGUGACUGCUAAAGUAAGUUGGCCUAUGAAGUCAGUGGAUUUGUCCAUAAAAAAUUUGACUGAAAAUCAGAAUGAGUAUGGCCAAGUCAUUGACAAAAGAGUGGACCUAAAUAAGAAUGGCCAGAUAUCUCAUGCCCCUAGAAUUUAUUCCUCAGUUAACCCUGAAGGGUUCAGGCCCCAAACAAUGGGAACAUCCAGAAAGUAUCCCUCAGUGAACCAACCAGGUAAAAUACCUUUAUUUCAAAAUGAACCUAUCAAACAUCCUGUGACAGAUAAUUUGCAAUCCAAAGGGGGCAUGACUUUUCCAACAUCAAAGCAUGAUUCUCAUGAAAGUAAUGAAACCUACUCCCAUUUGGAAAAUGCCAGAUCUUCUAUGGCCCAACCAAAUCCUUACUUUAAGAUUUGGACCUUAGAGGAAAGGAUGAAUGAAAACCUCCCCAAGCAAAUUAAUGGUCCUUCACAGUUUCAGAAUUUGAAAAAAUUUUGGGACAUGGGAAGUAAUUCAGAGAGUACCAAUAGCAGCACUCAUCAAAGUAGUAAAAAAUCAUUGUCUUUAGAUAGUCAGGAAGACAAGGAAUUUGGUGCAGCAGAGCCAGUAAGAGAAAAAAGUGCCUCUGUAGGACAAGACCUUCUAAGACAAAACAAAGCAUCCUAUGGAGAGGAAAGGAAGCAGGAUUCAAAGCUGAUUCCUUGUACACUUUCAGAUGAAGCUACAUUUCCAUUGAAAUCACCAGCAAAGUCCAUUCAAUUGCCAAGGAAUGUGCCAUCCAAGGAAAAUGUGGAUGAGUCUCUAGAAUGGUUGGUUUCUCCAAAGCUCAAGGAAGAAGAGCAUUUCUCAAGGGAAGAAGUGAAGGAGUCAGUCAUGAAAACAAAUGUUUUGCCUAAAGAAUACCAAGACACUUUUAAUAAAAGUUUAAAUAAACUACUUGAGGGAACUCUGCCACUGACAUUUCAGGCAGCAGGUGAUAAAGAUGGUUCAGGAAAUGGGCAUGAGCUGAAUCUUCCUGAAGAUAAAACACAUAUCCAGGAGACAGACUUGGUUGACUUUGAGGAAAUGUCUGAGUCUCCACAACAGGACACAAAGACAAACACGGUCAGCAUCCUAGACCCAGAAGAGGCUAAAUGUAAACCAGUUAUUCCCAAUCCAGAGAAAUCACUCAAGGAAACACCUGAGCUUCCAGGCUCUCCUAGUCAAGUUGGGUCAGAAACUAUUUCCACUGGGACUAGUUCUUUGUCAAAGCAUAGAAAGUUUUUUGAAACAGUGAUGGAACGGAGUCAUAACAAUUCUUUUUAUAAGAGGGAGGGGGGGAUACCUCUUGAAGAGGUGGGAGAUGCCUCAGAUAAUACUGUGGUCCCCCCCAAAAUAAAAAGUGGUGAUUAUGAAAUAAUUCAAAAGGGGCUAUUGCAGGAAGCUCAUGCUCCUUCUCAUUCAUUACGUCAGGCUGCUGAUCUUAAGGAGUCUUUUGGGGAGGCAACCAACUCUUCCCAAGAGAUGUGCUCUUUCCAUUCUAAUUAUGCUGCCCUCCAGGACAAGAGAAAACCUCCUCAGAAGGAAAUUUCAGAGACUAUAGAAAAAACAGUCCUCCCCAAAAUUGAAUUGAAUGAUUUGAACACUGCGUUAGAGAAACUUCACAGGGAAAUUCAAGAAGAUGUAUUGAAUUCCUCCAGAAAGAGAGGAGAGGGGCAACCAAGAUUCCCUGAGGGGCUGCCAAUAACAUAUAACCAGAUGAACCCUCCAAUUUGGAUGGUAGAAGAGCCAGUGGUUCCCGAUGAAAACUCUGGGAAGUCCCAACCUAUUGACACGGGCUUAAAAGAACCUGGAGAAGAAGCAUUGGGUACAUUUUCUGUACAUUGUCAUGAUUCACCUUACCUGAGCCAUCCUCUUACCCAGCCUGACUCUACAAGUUACCAGAAUUCCAAAGAAUCUCCCCAGGAAAUAUCAGAAACUCUGACAAAAACCAUCAUUCAGUCCAGAGCUGAGCUCAGAGAAUUCAAUAUUGGCUUAGAAAGACUCCUUAGAGAAGCCUCUGAAAGCCCUCCCUUGAAACUGGGAAAUGAUAUAAUGAAGAACCCAGAGGCUGAGUUGGUCAGUGGUUCAGCCCUUCCCAGUCAAUCUUCUGCUUCAGAAAUCCAACACCCAGAUUUCCUUGAAGAAAUCAAGGAAACUAUAGAAAAGUCUUUGGCUCCUUCAAUAGUUGAAAGCGCAUUUGACAUAGGUUUUGAGAACAUCCUUAAGGAAGCCUCUGUAACUUUGCCUACAGUGACAGAAGAAAAGGGAAGUCUCAGUAUUGAGACCUCACCAUCAGGGCAGGAAAAGCUGUCCAGAAAAACACCCCAUUUGUAUUCAUGGAACCCAGGAGAUGCUAAAGUGAAGGUUAAGGGUAAAGUUCUGAAAUCAGAAGACCAGAAGUUCGUUAAAGACAAAGCAGUGUUCAAUGGAGAAGGAGGGCCACAGGUUUCUGAAAGUAGACUAUGUACCCCUGGAGUCGUGCCAGCAAAGAAUGAACUUAAGGAGAGUGACAGAGGAGCUGGUGGCUAUGCACGUGAGGCCACAAGAGAAGACGUUUUUCAGGGCACCAAUGAAGAUUCAUCUGAAAAACACUGUUGGGCCCCAUGCAGGGACCCCAGUGAGUCACUUCCAAGAGAAAAGACAUAUUCUAAAAAAAGCAAGGUUGAACUGUUUCUAGCAACAGCAUAUAAAAGACGAGAAGAAGAAAGAGAAAGCUCCUCUGGUUCAGAUUUUUCAGAUGAAUAUGUUAGUUCUAAUACAGACAGCUGGAGAAGUUCUUCCCGUUCAGAAGAAGACUCAAAUCCUGUUUUGAAAGCUUUGAAAAGGAAUGCUGAUAGGAAAAUGCCUUCCCAAAGCCUAGAGGACAUUCCAUCAGACACAUCAAAUCAAGGCAAAGUAGAUUUUCUGCCAGAAGACUUAGUGCGUAGUACUGAAGAUGAUCAGAAAACAGAUCAGCAACAAGCUACAAAUGAAUACAUACCAGGAAUUUCCACAGUGCCUUCACAUCCUGAUAACCAAUUUGCACAUCCCGAAAAACUCAAAAGGAUGAGCAAGUCUGUUCCAGCAUUCCUCCAAGAUGAGGUGAGUGGAAGUGCAAUGAGUGUCUACAGUGGAGACUUUGGCAAUCUGGAUAUUAAAGGAAGUGUCCAGUUUGCCGUUGAUUAUGUGGAUUCAUUGAUGGAGUUCCAUGUGUUUGUGGCCCAGUGCAAGGACUUAGCAGCAGCAGAUGUUAAAAAACAGCGCUCUGAUCCAUAUGUAAAGAUCUAUUUGUUACCAGACAAAGGCAAAAUGGGCAAGAAGAAAACACUUGUGAUGAAGAAAACCUUGAAUCCUGUGUAUAAUGAGAUACUGCGGUAUAAAAUUGACAAGCAAAGCUUGAAGAAUCAAAAACUGAACCUCUCCGUUUGGCAUCGGGACACAUUCAAACGCAACAGUUUCCUUGGGGAAGUAGAACUUGACCUGGAAACGUGGGACUGGGACGACAAACAGAAUAAACAAUUGAAGUGGUACCCUUUGAACCGCAGGACAGCACCAAUUGCCCUUGAAGCAGAAAACAGAGGUGACAUGAAAUUAGCCCUCCAGUAUGUUCCAGAGCCGUCCUCAGGUAAAAAACUUGCUACAACUGGAGAAGUGCACAUCUGGGUGAAGGAAUGCAUUGACCUACCCCACCUCCGGGGAAACCACCUGAAUUCUUUUGUCAAAUGUACCAUCCUGCCAGAUACAAGUAGGAAAAGUCGUCAGAAGACAAGGGCUGUAGGAAAAACAACCAAUCCUAUCUUCAACCACACAAUGGUCUAUGAUGGUUUUAGGCCUGGAGAUUUAAAAGAAGCCUGUGUAGAGCUGACAGUCUGGGACCACCACAAAUUAACCAAUCAGUUUUUGGGAGGCCUACGGAUAGGCUUUGGAACAGGUAAAAGUUAUGGGACUGAAGUAGACUGGAUGGACUCCACUCCAGCAGAAAUCUCUCUGUGGGAAAGGAUGGUGAACUCACCCAACACUUGGGUUGAAGACAUUCUCCCUCUCCGGAUGCUGCUCAUAGCCAAGCUCACUAAGUAAGGGAUAGCCUCUCUGGGCCCAGGGGCUCCAUGGAAAAACAGUAUCCUCAUUUCCCUGUAUCAGAAAAGUGCAGAACAGGUGGCAUCACUGGAAAUCCUACCACGUGGACAAAUGCCACUGUGUAACCUCUCUUGGCGUCCAGGACAUGUUGAACUGCUAACCUGCAUGUGUCCUCAUUCUCCAAAACCAGAAGGAUUUGAACAGCAAGCAAAUAUUUGAUCAGGAUGUCACUUGAAACUAAAAGAAGCCCCCUAAGUGUGUCAUAUGGUUGCAUGAACUAACAAUGCUGCUUCCGAGGGGAAAUGUGGGGUAGUGUCCAUGCGCUGAUGCUACAGUGCUUGGUCUUUUCUGUAUCUGCCAGGAUGGGCUGCAUUGCCCCUGUGUCUGCUGCUUGAUCAUCAAAUAUUCCCUCAUUGGGAAGGUAAUUAAUUCUUGUUUUUGUUUUAAAAAAAGCAAGUGCAAUGACGAGGACAUUGGUGAUGAGACAAAGGCUUGGCCACACAUGAGAUGGAAAUCUAGUUGUUACUCAUAUUUAAAGGAGGGAUUCUGUGUUCAGUGAUGCUAAAUGUUUUGAUGGGAUAUAUACUAUCUGGGAAACCUUCAUUUUAAGCAUAUUUAUGUGUAUAUGCAUACCCUAUGUGCAUACAUAUAUGCAUAUGGAGGGUCCUUGAGUGUGUAAAAAAAAUCUUAGGAGUAUGGUGGUGCCACCCACUGGACACAAAUGGAAGUUCAGCCAAAGUUUUACUCAAAUAGGUCCUAAAGACAAGUUUUGUAAUAACAGAUGUAAAACACUGAGCCUAGAAGGUUCUAUCCUUCCUGUAACUGGGCUAAGUGAAAGCAAUGUACUUUGGUUUUAGAUAUGCUUAGGAUUAGAACACAAUUGCUAAAUUAUACCAUUCUUGUUUCCUGUGUAUGUGUAAUUUUAAUAAUGUAUUUUAUAAAACCUUUAGUCUUCAAAAUAAAUUAUAAUAUGACUUCAUUUAUAUCUUGCCCAUAGUCACUUAGCUUAUCUUUUUAGUUGAAUUGAAAUCUUUGAUGUUUUCAGUCCCAGAAUUCAAACUCUUUCUCCACUGGGAGUGUGAAACCUAGGCAAGGGAGUUAAGGUGAAAUCCGGUUUGUUACCUAUUGAGUAGGCUUUCCAGAAAGCAUAGUGGAAGGAUUUUCUUGCUUUAGAUUGGGAGAUUGGGGAAUGAGGGGGAAUUAAGAGGGGUAAAAAUAAGGGAGCAAUCAGUGAGGGAAUGGAGAUUUGAGUUUGAACACUGUCAACCAGGAGUUCAGAAUCACUGGGAUGGGGUGAGAUGGGUAUUUUAAAGUGGAAAUGUUACUCAUUGAAGAUGUGUUUAGGGUCAGUUAUCAUUAUUCACAGGGGAUCAUCCUUGGGUGAACUUGUCCCAGGGAGUUUCUCAGGGUGGCUGGCAAUCCAGGGGAAGGAAGAGAUGUGGAGGAUGGUCAGGAAGGGGCAAGGUAAAUCCUCUAUAGAUGUAGGCCGCAAGAAAGGGUGCCUGCCUGGAGCAUGGUGGAAUGGCAAAGAAUAGAGACCCUUUCCUUUGCCCUGGAACCUUCCAUCCUUUGCUCCACAUGUCCCCUAAGAGAAAGUGACAAGGGGCCAGACCAGCUUCCAUGUUCCACAACAGCAUUUCUUUCUCUCUGUGCUCAAGAUUCCCUGCACCUGCCUUAACUGGCACUUCAGGCUGCUAGGGGACAGCCAGCAUGAUUUCCCCUUUUUCAACACAAGGUCACUUCUCCCUCCUCUUGUGCCUGUCAGCCUGAUCUCCUGCCUCCUUCAGUGUAGAGUCUCCGGUGCAAGGAGGAGUGACCUUCCCUCUGACCUUGGACCUCCCAUCUCCUGCUGUACUUGUCCUCUGAAGGAAAAAAAAAGGGAAAGUCAGUGGGAAGGAAGAUUUCCAUGUCCUGCUGCUCCAUCUCCUGCCUAAUCUCCAGUCUUUGCAGGAAAGAGGAGAGAAGGCUUCCCAUCUGACCACAUGUCUUCCAUCUCUUGGUACACUUACUGCCUGGCUGAUCUCCAGCUUCUGACAAGGAGUGGUACUUUCUAUUCAGUGAUGAACUUACGUACACCUAAUUGUACCCUACACAUUCCAGUUAUUCUGAACCUCUGUAGAUUAUCAUCCAAGCCCCAUUCCCCAUCCCUUACCACUCAGUUCCUUAUUCCCAUUAUUUUCUCACACCUCUCAGUUCUCUCCCAGGCUAUGCCCCCCUGCAUUCUUUUCUUUCCUCUAUCUUGACUCCUUGGUGAAAGAGUUCAACUCUGCAGUGUUCUCUCUGCUUGAAUGCAUUGCCCCCUGGUGUCACUAAUUGUGCCCUCCCAAGUUCUUAGAUCAGUCCCACCAUGUGCUGCUUUCAUUCUCACAUACAUGCUGAAGAAAGCUAGAGAAAAUUGCACAGCCAUUCUGACUAGGUCCACUACAAAUCUGUGUGUACAAAUACAAUCUCAGCUGGGUCCUCACUGCUGGUAGGCAAUCAUAUUAUACCUCCUUUAUCGACUCACUGUCCCACUCCCCACAGUGUCUCUUCCAAAGCCUUUUCAUUCCUCCUCAAACCAAAAUUACCAAGGAUCUCCUAACUGCUAAAUCCAAUAACCUUUUCUCAAUCCUCCUCCUUCUUGCUCUGUCUGCAGCUUUUGACCCUGUUAAUCAUCCCCUUCUCCUUGAUAUUCUCUUCUGUCUAUGUUUUCAGGACACUCCUCUCAUGGUUCUCUUCCUACCUAUUUGACUACUCCCAAUCUGUCUCCUUUUCUGGAUCCUCAUCCAGGUCAUGCCUUCUAACCACAGGUGCCCAUCCCACAGGGCUCUGUCCUAGACGCUUUUCUGUUCACCCUUUUUACUGCUCCAUUUGGGGAUCUCAGCUCCUGUGUAUUCAGUUAUCAGCUCUGUGCUGAUCAUUCUCAAAUCCACCUAUCCUGCUCCGGCUGCUCUACUGACCUCCAGUCACAUCUGCAAAUGACUAUUAGACAUCUCAAAAUGGAUGUCUUCUAGACACCUUUAGCUCAACCUAAAACUGAACUCAUCUUUUCCCCAAAGUCCUUCCCCCUUUCAUCUUUCCUAUUUCAAGGGCACUUCCAUUUUCCCAGUCUCAGGCUCACAACCCAGGUGUCAUCAUCAACUCCUCAUGACUUCCCACCCCCCUAUAUCCAAUCUGUUGCCAAAGCCUGCUGAUUUCCCCUUUGCAACAUCUCUUCUACAGGGCCCCCUCUCUGAGAGUGUCACUCCCCCGAUGCAUCCCCUUAUCACCUCACACCUGGACUAUUGCAAUUGCCUACUGAUGAGUCCAUCUGCUUUAAGUCUCUUCCCUCUCCAAUCCAUCCUCUAGUCACCAUAGUGAUUUUCUUAAAGAGUGAUGUAACCAUGUCACUCCCCUCCUCAAAUUCCAGUAAUUUCCUGUUGUCCAUAGUAUCAAAUACAUAAUCUGUUGGCAUUCAAAAACUUUUAUAGCCUCCUCCACUUUUGCAUUCUUCUUAUACCUUACUCCUCACCACAUAUUUUUGUUUUUGUUUUUGUGGGGCAAUGAGGGUGUAAGUGACUUGCCCAGGGUCACCCAGCUGGUAAGUGUCAAGUGUCUGAGGCUGGAUUUGAACUCAGGUCCUCCUGAAUCCAGGGCAGGUGCUUUAUCCACUGCUCCACCUAGCUGCCCCCCUCAGCACAUAUUUUUCAAUCCAAUGACACUGGUUUCCUUUCUUUUGCACAGUUUCACUCUGUCUCUUGGCUCUGGAAAUUUUCCCUGAUUAUUUUUCAUGUCUAGAAUUCUCUCCUUCCUCAGCCUUUUCAACCCUUCUUAAUUCUAGUGCCUUCCCUCUCUCAAUUAUUUCCUAUUUAUCUUGUAUAUAGUUUGUUCAUGUUUAUUCAUUUGUCUUCCCCAUUAAAUUGUGAGUUUCUUGAAGGAAGGGACUGUCUUUACAAACUCUUUGUAACUCCAACACUUAGCCUGGUUACUGUCACAUAAGUACUUGAUAAAUAUUUAUUGACUUGCUGGUUAAUAGACACAGCCUGCUUUGUGGGGCAGUAGAUGACCAGAAAGUGUGCCUUACUGGAGUGAGAUGAAAAGGAGAGAGGAAGUAAUUCUUAUAACUCAAGAAAUAACUAUUUCUUGAGAGGAAAUAACUCUACUUUUUCUCUUAUGCCUCUUCUAGAGUAUAUUGGGGAAUUUUUCUCUCCUCCCCACUCCAUCAUC